CGCACAAGUUGGCAGCGCCGUUCUGAUUCAGUGUGUUUUGUUUUUGAUGCGUUGCGAAGUAAUUAAUUUUUCGUUUUUAUAAAGUUAUUUAUUGGAUACCGGUAGGAUAUCCACCAUUUACCCCCCGUGACGUCACUUGCAAGGCUUCAUGAUGAAUUACGGCAGGAAAACGCCCUCCACAUAUCGCUCGAAUCCGUCGGUUUAUUCCCAUGCCACGGGAAGAUCCUCGACAAACCUGCACUCGAAGAUGUCCCGGUCCACGCGAUCUGUAAGGAUUCCCUGGUACCAGCGACCGCUGCUAAAGAAUAAUCAGUAUAUCGACAUACAGAAGGGCGCCAUGCUCAUUGGAUUGUUUGCCAUUUUUCUUUCACUGUUUACCAUUGCCACGAGCAUCUUUGACAUCUAUUGUUAUGCGAUGGCUGCGCCAGGAUCUACACAUUAUGGCUAUUAUAUUAUCUCCUACGAGUUUGUCUAUGUGGGCAACAAGCAUGUUCGCAACAUGCUGAUUGUCUUUGCCCUAUUCUCACUGAUCAUGGCACUAAUUAACUUUGUGACCAGCGUCCUGCUCUGCGUGGCUCUGCGCAAGGAAUACGAGAGGAAGGUCAUGCCCUGGCUGUGGACCUUUGCCAUUUUUACUGUGUGGCGAGCUUUGGCUUUGAUUUUCUUUGCCAUUGUCAACGAUCUGUACUUUGCCUACAACAUAAUCAUGGUGCUGCUGUGGAGCGUCUUCUGUCUGGUUUCUAUAUACGGCUGGGCUGUGGUGUACUCGCUCUUCUUGGAGCUAGUGGAUCUCACCAAACUGGAGGAUUUGGCUCAUCUGCGCAUGGGCACAAUGGCCUCGCUGCACGCCUCUACGGCUAAUUCCCUGGCUGGCUCACGGCCAACCACACCCCACAGCACUGUGUCUACGAUGCCCGUGGGUUAAACAAUAGAGUAUUUUCCAAAUCCAAACCUGAAAAAUGGAGCUCACAACGAAAACUGCACAAGAAAUAACCCCUAAUGCUUCUUCGUUUUACACAAAAACACGCAUUUCUUAAACUAUUUUGUACAUUCCAUCCACCAGUUCCGUGCCUUAGAGAAAACCUCUCUCGAAAUACCACAAAUUUUAUACACGAAUCUGCGUAAUUUAGUUGUAAGUCAGUCGCAUUCCGUCCAAUUGUCGUAUGUUUUUUAUACAUGUAUACUGUUGAUGAAUCUCUGCCUACAUAUCGUGUUUUUUUAUAUGCAUAUAUACAAUAUAUAUGUGAAAUGUAGCCUAUGUAUCUAAAAUAAUAAGCGACAAAGCAAUAUGCAAAAUACAAAAACCCG